CUGUAAAAAAUAAAUAAAAUAAAAUAGGAGGAAGUUAACUCUAGACUCCAAGAAUUCUUUAUUGACAAAAAAUUGAUGACAAUAUUGGAAGACAAGCAUGACAAAUUUCUCUCUAGCUGGCAACCCUGGUUGGACUACCAACCAGGGGCGGACUGACCAUUCGGGAACUCAGGCACUGCCCGAGGGUCCCGGGUCAGUAGGGGGCCCCAUGAGAUGCCCCUGGUACCUUUCAUAGGCUUUUUUGGGUGUGGAUUGAGUGUGGGCGAGGACACAGGGGCCCCAUUAUCCCUUAUUGCCCGGGGGCCCCAUGAGUGGUCAGUCCGCCCCUGCUACCAA